UAGUGGUUUAAUAGAAAAAUAAAAAUUCGAAAUGAAGACGUUACAAAGUGCCGCCAAGAAGUUCAGGAACUACGCCGCCGCCGUCGAGUGCGACGUGUUGAAUUUAAUGUUCGAAUUAAUGGACAUCAUCGACGCCAAGACGCGAACGCUCAGACACCUAAUGGAAUUGUACCUGCAAAUUAAAACCAUCGAAGCGGCUGAAUUCAAAGGUGAAGAAUGUGUCGCAGAAACAAACAAUACCAACUCACUUCACAAUUUGAACGAAGAGGAGCUCUUGUCGAAAAGCAUCGAAAAAAUGACCGAUUUGAUUAAAAGUUCGUUACCAGUAAUCAAGGAAGACGCGGAAAGCAAUAAACCAAAGAACCAAAAACACAUCAUGAUACCUAAAGUAGAGAAAUUCCAAAGUGAAGAAGAUAUAUUAGAAAGAACCAAGACGUUCGUCGACGAUUUGGUCGAGUAUGCAAUGUCGAAAAGCGAGCAAAGAAGAUUGCAUCAAUUCGAAAACGGCAAAACAGAAUUGUUUAAUGUUAAAGCAAACAAAAUGCUAGUCAAAAACGAUCUAAAAAUCGAAGGUGGAAAUGAUAAAGAAACCGAUAACGCCUCAAUCACAUCGAAAGAAUCCGAAAUCGUGUGUCUAUCCGAAAACACUUCCGAAAAAGUUAUCAAUUCCAUAAACUUCGACGGCAGCGUUCGAUCGGUCACGUCGAACAAAUUCGAAUGCGCCACUUUCAGGACGAUCAUAGACCCGAAAAACCAUCGGAUGUACAACGAAAACAACUACUACAAACAGGAUAAACCCCAAGAUGGGAGGUCCGAUUCCAACUUAUCCGAUUGUACGGACGUGGAGGUUAAUUUCGUAACCGCCAAUCCUGUAUCCAACGACACCGAAGUCCAAAGCCAAAACACAAAUCCACCUAACGAUGAAAUAGUAAUCAAAGACAGCAAUCUCGAGGCGACUCGGGAGAAGUACUUAUUCCCUGAAGUGUACUCCAAUUCGUUCGGCUUGAAGCCCCGAGGGAACGAGCCGUCUUCUUGGAUGUCAAUGGACAGGGUCGCCGAUAUUCAGCAAGCGCGAACGAAGACGGCGAAGAAGAAAUCGCGAAGUCCCAGAAAGAUGAACAUGGACGCCAAAGUUCGACUGGAUCCUCUAACGUACAGGAAAGUUUGCAGUGCGAUUCUCAGCACGGUGAACAAGCAGGACAUCGCCAGGAUGAGGAUACAACAGAAACCGGUUAAGAACGAAACCGACUACAAUUCCAAUUGCGAUCUGGAGAGCGUAAAAACUGGCAAGAGCAGUUCCGAUCACGAAGUGGACAAUAUUUUGAGGAAAAUGAUGCCUACCAACGUUACCGCAGAUAUCAACAAGAUGUUUAUGAACAGAGCUCGAAUUGUUCAUCCGUGGAAAAAGAAUACCAUUGUGACCGGAAGAGAUGUAUUUAAGAAAGACUUUGCAGUUUGAUGUAUGUGUGUUGAGUUCGUCUAUUAAUAUUACGAGUAGUUUGAUUCAAAUAUUCGAGUCCCUUGAAAGUGUCCAGAGUAGUUAGGAG